UCUCCCAGAAGCGCCCCGCGGCCCGGCCCGCCCCUGGCGGCGAUCGGCGGGGCUCGCCGGGCGCCGUGAGUCAGUGCCCAGUAAACAUUGGCGUGAGCCGCGCCGGCUCCGCCAUGGUGGCGGCGCCGUGAGGGGCGGGCUGGGCGCGGCGGGGCGGCGGGGGCCGGCGGCCGGGGCCAUGGACGAGCUCAAGCAUCAAGUGAUGAUCAACCAGUUCGUGUUGGCUGCCGGCUGCGCCGCCGACCAGGCCAAGCAGCUGCUGCAGGCGGCCCACUGGCAGUUCGAGACUGCUCUCAGUGCUUUUUUCCAAGAAACAAACAUCCCCUACAGCCACCACCAUCAGAUGAUGUGCACUCCCGCCAACACGCCGGCCACGCCGCCCAACUUCCCCGACGCCCUCACCAUGUUCUCCCGCCUCAAGGCCUCCGAGAGCUUCAACAGCAGCAGCCCCGUGGCCUCCAUGGCGACCUCCCCGCCGCCCCCAGCCCCACCACUCCCCCAGCACGGGGCCUUCAACCCCUCCUGGCCCACGGCCUCUCCCCCCGGCCAGCAGCAGAGCAUGUGGACUCCGGCCCCCUCGGCGCAGCCCGCCGGCUGGCCCGCCGCCGUCUCGCAGCAGGCCACGGCAGAACAGAAGGCCAACGUGACCAUGGAGGCAGAGAGAUGAGGCCGCGGCGGAGAGCGAACGCGGCGGGGACCCCUGCCUAUAAAUACGUCUUUUUUUAUUUUUUCCCCCCUUCCCCCCCCCCUCCCCCUUCCCCUGAAGAGGAGAGGAACUCUGCUGCCAGGGCGUCUGGCAGCUGCCGAGACACACGAGCAAAUAGCUGCCUUGCAUGGGUUUGGUUUGAAGUAGUUUUUACUUGUUGUCGAGCUGAAACGGAGCUCCCCAGGGACAGCGGGAGGCUGCGAGGGACGUGGGACUGGUGCUGGCCUCUGCCUGGGACCCCCGGGGAGCAAGCACCCCCUCCUCUCUUGGGACACUGGAGUUUGCAUGCGAGUGACGCUUACGGAGGGGGUCCCUUCCUCGCUGUCCCCUGGGCCACCCCACCAGGCAGAGUGGGUUGUUACCCGAGUGUUUUCCCCCCCCUCUCCCUUAACCCCACUCAACCGGGUGGGGGGCAGACACCCCACACAGCUUGUUUUUUGGGAAGGGGGGGGAGCAAGGGCUGUUCCUGCUCGGCUGCAACCUCCGCCCCGCAUGCGCCGUGCUCGCUGGUGAGCAGGGCUGGGGGACUGAGGCUCCUGGGGAGGCGUCUGGUCCCUUGCCCACCCCUGCGAUGGGGAGCUGGGCCAGCACACCCUCCCCUCCACCGCCUGGGAUGGGGUUUGCCCCCGGGGCUGUUUGCAUGACACAGUGUAACCCUAGAGACUGGGAUCGUUUUUAACCCCUCUGUUCUUUUCUCCCGGCGGCUGGGAGUGUCCGGCUGCGCCACGGCCGCUUGCAAUACACGCUCUUCUGCUUUCAA